UUUUCGCUGUUCAUUUGUUUCUUUGAACAAUAACGAGCUCCUGCCCUCAAUCCCUUUUCGUCCUUCUGCCUUGAAUAGGUUUUACUCUCUCUAUUUCUCUGAGGAAAUGAAGUUUGGAUGGUGAGGCUCGUCAAUGAAAUUGGUCGCGGGAACCCAACUAUUUUUUAGGAUGCCGUGCUUUCAUUUUUGGUUUAACAGGAUACCCGUCACAAGUCGGCCACCUGAUCUUGCUGUAGAUUCACAUUUUGGUCCAAACUGGAGUUACAAGAUGGAUACGGCUCAUUUCCACCCUACUAAGACACUGAUAAACUAUAUCACAAUGCAGAGGAGAAAUUUCUAUUACGCGUUUGGUUCUUGUUCACUUAGUAGAGUGAAAGGCUCUGCAGCACUUCAGCUUAGCAUCGGUGAGGAUGAUUCACGUCUUGGUGGAAAUCAUCUGCAUGGAAGGAAAACAGAACCAACAGGAAUCAGUUCUAUGACUUCCACAUUAUUUGAAAAUAAUGUGGAAGAUUUAGUAGAUGAUGUGCAACAGGUAAUUGAUCAACAAAAAGAGCGAUCCUCAAAAAGAAAGCGAAUGAAAGAGUUUAAUGAAAUGGAAAGACGGAGGAAAAUAUCAGAAGCUAACAAGGGAAAGGUACCGUGGAACAAAGGCAAGCGGCAUUCAAUUGAAACACGUGAACUUAUCAAGAGGAGAACUUUGGAGGCCUUGAGAGAUCCCAAGGUGAGGAAAAAGAUGGUGGAGUGCCCUCGUUCUCAUAGCAAACACGGAUUCAAGCUUGUGAGUUUGGCUGCUACUGUACUCCACUUUGAGCAAAGUAAGGCAAGGAUAGGUUUUGCACUGAAAAGAGCUUGGAAAAGAAGGUUAAAGCGAAUGUCUAUGCAACAGCAGUGUUGCUUAGAAUGGCAAGGAAUCAUUGCUGAAGCAGCAAGAAUUGGUGGAAUUGAACAACAGGAACUAGAAUGGGAUAGCUAUGACAAACAACAACUGGAGAUUCGCCAAGCAGAACUUCAAGAGAAAGCAGAGCAAGAGAAGGCGAAAGAAAUUGCAAGGCAAAAGAGAGCAAAGGAUAAGGCAGAGAAAAAGGUAUUGUUAGCCCAAGAGCGAAAAUUGAAAAAGGCAGAGAAAGCAAAAGCAAGAGCUGAACAGAAGAGGGCACAAAAGGAAAAAGAAAGAAGGGGGUCCCUUUUCUCUAGAGAGCUGGUAGUCAUGGCCAAGUUACCAAAGGUUAAGAAAUCUUCAAUGGCAACAGCAGGCAGUGAGGAUGUUACAAGUCGCUCGCAGCCUGCUGCUGAGAAAUGGGAUCUGGAAUUUGUAAAGAAGGAGAACAUGCGAAGGGGAGUUUCACUUGCUGACCAGAUACGAGCUGCGAAAAUUCAAAGGGCACAGUCAGCUGGAAGAUUAACAUCUAAAGGGUCUGACGAGGAGACUGAAACCUGAGAUGGUCACGGAAAUUCUUCUUCUGCCAUGAAGCUUUCUUUUGAGAAUACUAGGUUUAUUCCCCAACAUGCAAAAAUUUGACCAAGAGGGGCGGAUGAAAGCUGCCUCCAUCUCCAGCUGACCCAGCAGGCUGCCUCGACUUAACCAGUGUUCAUGGGUGUAUAGGAUUCCAUGGCAAUUUUAAGGCACGGCCAUGUAUGUUACUCAUCGAUGAGAGCAAGCAACAUACUUCGCCCAUCCUGGUGCCGACGACCUCUAAUCUUUGAUUCAGCUGUGUCUGUUGUGCCUGUACAAAUGACAUUGAUGUGGGCAAAGCUUAUACAUGUUGAUGAAUCUGUUUCCAUCUAA